GAAAGGAAGGGUUGAAGGAGAAUUCAUUUCCCCAAACAAGACUGAUAAAGGCUUUCAAGCAGCAGACACUGAGACAAAAGCUCCAUCAUUAUAGUUAGAGAGAAAACUAUAAAAACUGCAUAAGCGUUACAAUUGAACAUCCAGGAACACACAAGAUGGACAAGAAGAAAGAACCCAUGAGUUUUAAUGAAGCUGUAUACAAGGCGGGCAGUUCAAUCUGUCGUUUUCCUCUGACUGAGGUGCGAGGCGUCCUGCUCAGAAAUUGGAUAGCUCAAAACUGGAGCUCCAUUUGUGCUUUCUGUCCAGAUCCAUCCGAUUUGCUCAUGUCCACCUACCCUAAAGCAGGUACCACAUGGACCCAAGAAAUAGUGGAUCUGCUGCAGCAUAAUGGAGAUGCUGAGAUUUGUAAGAGAGCUCCAACUGCUGUACGCUUCCCAUUUCUCGAGAACCAUUAUCCUCCUCCAGUUCCGUCAGGACUGGACAUACUAAAAACAAUGGCACCUCCCAGAGUCAUCAAGACGCAUCUACCCAUACAGCUGGUGCCUGAGGGAUUCUGGGAAAAUAAAUGCAAGGUUAUUUAUGUGGCUCGAAAUGCUAAAGACAACCUGGUCAGCUAUUACCACUUUGAUCAAAUGAAUCUGGUUCAUCCAGAACCGGGUUCAUGGGAAGAAUAUCUCCAGAAGUUCAUGAAGGGAAAAUUGGCCUGGGGAUCUUGGUACGACCAUGUGAAAGGUUACUGGAAAGAAAGAGAGAAGAGGAAUAUCCUUUACAUUUUCUUUGAGGACAUGAAAGAGAACCCUCGUCGAGAAAUAGUGAGGAUCAUGCAGUACCUGGACCUGUUGCUAUCUGAUGAUAUCAUUGACAAGAUUGUUGAGUUGACAUCCUUUAAUAUCAUGAAGGACAAUCCAAUGGCCAACUACUCGUCGGUCCCAAAGAUCAUAUUUGACCACUCCAUCUCUGCUUUCAUGAGAAAAGGGGAGGUUGGAGACUGGACCAACUACUUCACACCAGCUCAGUCCCAGAUGUUUGAUGCGGACUAUGCCAGACAAAUGGCUGACGUGGACAUUCCCUUUCGCACCAGCAUAUGAAAGCUGUCUUGAAUUAAUAAUGAAUUGCGUAUGGAUUAAUUAUGAAUUAUGAGAAAUCUCAGCAUGUAAAGUAUUACUCUACGAAGGAUUAGUUAAAAAAAAUUCUGUUAUCUCUGAAUUUGUGCAUGGUUACAGCAUGGAGAAUUUAAUAAUGAGUCAGAUUUAAUAAUGUAUCAUAAAUAAAGGCCAUUUUAUUAUUGAAAGGACAGUCAAACUGUUUGAAUAACACUGAAUCUUUGGUCAUGUAUUGCGAUAAACAUUAUUUUGUCUAUCUGUAUAGACAUAAUGUAUCCACAUGGGAACACAUGUGCUCUAUAUAUAUA